AUGGGCGCAUUGUCAUUUGGCGGCUCGCGAAGCAGAGACAAAUCGCCGUCCACAGACCCUCUCGCUCCGUUGCAAGUCGUGGCCGCCAGAGUUGCGCAAGAUGUGGCCGCCUUCGCCAUCAAAGUCGAUGUUUGGCACACGGAAGGCAUGAAAUCCGCGCGAGCAAAAUACGGGGCAACAGUAAACUUGGUGGGAGAAUUCAAAAGCAUCGCGGAGACCAGAGUGAAGGAGUUGAAGAGAGCGCACGCCGCGGACAACAAAGUAGAGCUUGGACGCAGCAUACGCAAGAGAAUCCAGGACAUGGCUGAAGCCCCGGAUGCGAACACACAAGGAUCCCUCAGCCAAUCGCUCCAGAUGCCCGCUCCAACAAGCGAUUCGCACGGUACCCAGGGGAGCAAGCAGCUGGACGAACUCCGACAAUGGCAGGCCGAGCUGGCGACAUGGGAGCUUGUUCAGAUCAUCAUCAGUCAGCGAUUCCCCGAGCCCGAAACAGAUCCAGCGGCCGAAAGACAGAAACGUCUUGCGCAAGUCGGCGGCAACAAGCGAUACAGCCCGAACAGCGAGAUCUGGGAUCGUUUCAUGUUGGAGGAUGAUCGAGCCAAAGAGAAGGCACUCGUUCUGCGUUGGCUCGAGCAGACUGCACGGAACGACAGAAGCAGCAUAGAAACUAUCACCACCGAGCUUGAGACGCAGUCGGGCAGGGGCGCACACACUUGGACAAGUGGCUGGCUCGAUUCCAAAAGCAGAAUCAAGCAGGCAAAGCGCUUGGAAGGAGCAGACCAGCCUUUGAGGCCGGAUGCCGUGGAUAUCAAGACCGCAGAUAGGACACAAGGCCUGGUCACUCAACUAGAUCCCGAUGGCCCUGCGCGGCAGAAGCGUGUCCUUGAAAAGUCAGAUGAGUACUACGAGCGAGCAUUGUGGAUGGUAUGCUACGAAAUGCUACGACGCGGCCUUCCUUGGAACGAAAUAAGCGAGUGGGCGCAGGAGAGAAACGAAGCCUGGCGUGGUGUCAGCGUUGGUGCAGCCUACGAGGCACAUCCAAAGGGUGGGCCCAAUGUCGCUGGUCCCACCGUAGGCUAUCUGUUUCGCCGCAUGUGCUUUUACGCCGCAAGAGGAGCCCGAGUUCCCCACGAGGGAGCUGUCUAUGGCCUUCUCAGUGGAGAUCUGAAGCAAGUUCAAACUGCCUGCCGUACUUGGGACGACCAUCUGCAUGCUCAUUACAACGCUUUGCUUCUAUCAAGAUUCGAUCGCUAUCUGAUUAGUAAUUACCCCAACAAAGUGAAUGCGAGCUUGGUCCAGAAGUUCGUAUUCCAGGACGCUGCUUCUCACAUUGGGGACUGGGAUAGAGCUUCACGAACAGUCAUCACCCUGUUGAAGCAAGAGAAGGCCACAGAGACUGAAGCCUCGAGUCCAUUCAAGCUCAUCCAAGGCGCUUUAAUUGCCGGAACACUCGACGAACUAUUGCUCAAGGUGGGCACAAGCCUGGCCGACAUGCUCGUCAACGAUGAACGACCAGAAAACCUGAUGCUUCACCCGGACUCGAAUCACACCGACCCAGGGCCGAAGCCCCUCGAUCAGACACGCACUUAUACAGCUGAGCCCUGCUUCAAGGCAUUAGCGUGUAACCCACAAGCGUUCCAAACACUCGUACACAUCUUCCUCUUGUUCAAGCAUGGACUUAAUACGCUUGAUUCGGAUGAGAUGGGCACUUGGGUAGCGAUGGACAACGUGAUCACCGCUUAUAUUGAAUGCCUUCGCCAAAGAGGACAGAUCAUGUCGAUACCCAUCUAUGCAGCUCAAUUGGCACCGGAACGUGCAGCUCACUGCCUCGCUCGCAUUAUACCAGAUGUCCGCAAUACUCAGGAGCGAAUAAAGAUGGUGGGUUUGUUCCGACAGUACAAGACAGACGUCAUUGAGGUUGUAGCUCAAUCCUUUUUGUUCGCGUUCAAGAAUAGUGGAUUUACCCACUUUAACGAGAAGGGCGACACCAUAAUCACGUCCCCCAUCAAACGGUUCAAGAUUAUUGAAAGGACCGGGUCCCAGGAUUUUGGACUCUGGCCUGGGUACCGUAUUCAGGCAGAAUUCACAGGAUGUCAAAUUGAACCCAAGGAAGAUGCCAUCAUCGAAGUCCUGCAGUGGUACCAGUAUAUCAACAACGACUACAAACAGACGUUUGAUCAUCUCAGAAAUGCUCUCACUAUUCUCCUCCUCAAUGGCCGUCUUGGUGCUGCAGAAAAGGUGGUUAGCGAUCUCAGUGUAGAGUCGCUCUCGCUGUCAAGAACCGAAGCACUCUGUGGCUAUCCUUUUGACAUCAAUCAACCCGGGGCGGAGGAACGGGAUGAAGCUUCAUUGCACGAGCAUCGAAGCACGCUGACAGAUGACGACUUGCGGAACGCUCUGAGAUAUGACGCUAUGCCCAAUGCUGAGAAGCACGCGGCCAUUGUGCAGCGUCUUCGUGAGAACAGUCAACCGUACUAUGACCUUCAGCUGAUUGUUCGUAUUCUUUGCCUGUUCCGCGAGUGGCGGCAAGAAGAAGAAGAUUUGAUCAAGCUUCGUACGGAUCAAUCCAGGCAACCUUCUGAAGCUGCUGCAGCAAAGAAGAAGGCAGAUAUGUCUCACACUAAAGAGGUGCUUGAAUCGAUUGAGCAAGUAUUCACAGCGCUUGUUUCCGCCAUAACAACAUCACUCCGUGAUCACCCGGAGGCGGAGAAUCCGGAUACAUGGAAUCUGAAGUUUGCAUACAUUCCAGAAAUCGUGCUGGCAUACCUGUCAGUCCUGCAGACUGCGGCAUUUUUCCUGCAGCGGGACUCUGCAGUGUCUUCGGCAGUAAGGGCAAUGGAAAUUGCAAACCUGGUCGCAGACGAAGAGAACGAGUGGUUGCAAGAGGUGUUCUUGAAGACGGGCAGGAUGAGCGAGCUGGUUGAUGCGCUGGCCAUGGUUAGCAAGGCCAUGUUGAGAUUGAACGAGCAUGAGCCCAAAAAGAGUACUUCGAAGAAGAGGGGAAGCAAGGGCGAGACGCUGCGGAUAUGGGAUCUGAAUGCCAAAAGUCGCGUGUAG